AGCACGCAGGAUGCAAUGAGAAGUUGAAUGGAGCUGUUCUGAUACAACACAGCUGGAGAGAGAGAGAUGUGAACACAAUAUGGAUGGGGAGGCAGAGGAGAUUUCUCGGUUUGCUCUGAAUGUCAGUGCAGGGGAUUGUGCAGAAUGCUAGGAAGGAAGAUGACAGUUCGUAGGAAGGUGAAGUAGAAUUGCUACAAAGCUUCCUUGUCGUCAUUUUGGAUCACAUGGACAGCAGCACAGAGGAGGAUAGCCUGCCUGGCUUGUGUUUUCAGCAGUGCAGUGGAUUCUUCAUCUUGCACAGUCACCUUUCUAAUUGCUCCCUGAGAUGGCAAAUGCUUUAGGUGUUUUUUUGUCUAAUGCGAUUUCUGUGUGCCAUGCAUGGGUCGCAGCAAUGAUCCAGGCAUGGAUGGGCAUUGCCCGUGCAUUGGGACGGUGAGCUUGGCAAAGCAGAAGGCUGGGCGCUGUCGAGCCCUGGGAGGUGCUGAAAACAGCUCCCCGUUGCUUGCCUUUGAUUGGCAAAGGCUGACACUGAUUGACAAGGAGCCAUGGCAACCCAGCAGCCAAUCUGCCAAGUCCAAUAGAAAAUCGUUUGUUGGCUCAGGGCAGCUUCUUCCCUUUAACAGCAGAUCGUCGGUGAUACCUUAGCUCGGGCUCUUGGAGUUAGCAAGUGCAAAGAAGAAGACACCGUCUCCCCAACGAGGCUGCAGCCGCUGCCGCGUGUGCCCCGCGUUGCGCUCCGCAGGGGCAAGCGUUGCGUUGCGGUCAGCCAAGACACGCGGCGCUGCUUUGCGACAAACAAUAAGCCGCGUCAAUGUUCCAGCUGCCCAUUCUGAACUUCAGCCCCCAGCAGGUCGCUGGGGUGUGCGAGACCCUGGAGGAGAGCGGGGACAUCGAGCGUCUGGGUCGCUUUCUUUGGUCUUUGCCGGUGGCUCCAGCAGCCUGCGAGGCCCUCAAUAAAAAUGAGUCUGUGCUCCGCGCCAGGGCGAUCGUGGCUUUUCACACAGGCAACUUCAGAGACCUCUACCACAUAUUGGAGAACCACAAAUUCACCAAGGAAUCGCACACCAAGCUCCAGGCUCUGUGGCUGGAGGCUCAUUACCAGGAGGCAGAGAAGCUCAGGGGCAGACCCUUAGGGCCGGUAGACAAGUACAGGGUGAGGAAGAAGUUCCCACUGCCCAGAACUAUUUGGGACGGAGAGCAGAAAACACAUUGCUUUAAGGAAAGAACACGGCACUUGCUUAGGGAAUGGUACCUACAAGACCCUUACCCCAACCCCAGUAAAAAAAGAGAACUCGCCCAGGCCACAGGACUUACCCCAACACAAGUAGGGAAUUGGUUCAAAAACCGAAGGCAAAGGGACCGAGCAGCAGCAGCCAAAAACAGGCUGCAGCAGCAGGUCUUGUCCCAGGGAUCUGGACGCUCAUUGGGCCCAGAUGAUCGAGGGGAACCGUUGGGCUCAGCCUCCAGUCCUGCAGCUAGCCUGUCCAGCAAAGCGGCCACCUCUGCCAUUUCCAUCACAUCCAGCGACAGUGAAUGUGACAUCUGACCUAUGGGGCAUACUUAACGCAGCAAAAAGGAGAUCAAACUCAGAACAGUGCCUGACUAAGCAAGAACAGCCAUGGCCAUAGGGUCACACAGUGGCUGUCACAAGACCAGGGAGUGAUCAUAAUGUCACCUUCCCUAUUCUAUUGAUUGCUUAAAAAAUAAGAAGAAAAAAAAACAGUAGAAGACUGUAAGGCUUGUCACCUUUAUUUUUGGGGACCUUCUACAAUGCCUCAAAUACCAAGUUGCCAAUCGUCUGAGCACCUGCCCUAUACAUCUGUGGGUAUUUCAUGUUGAAAAAAAGACGCUGUUUAAUUAUUUUUUGCUUUACUUUAAAGUUUGUUUUUAUAUAUUAUAUAAUGACUUAUUUAAGGGAUUGCCAAUGUUAGACCUCCUUUGCUUGUCUGUAUGUGCGCAGGUGACUUGUAGACGCAUGUGCGCCAAAUCUAUGGAUCCAAUGAAGAAGUACAAAUAAAAUAAUGUGGUGAGCAUCA